AUGGCCGCCACCUCGCAAAACUACGACUACCUGCGGCGCAAGCAGAGCACAAAGUCGCCCGUAUCAUCAAUGGGCCCUGUCCGCGGCCAUGCCCGCACCCCCAGUGAGCGCAACAGCAAUGGCACCGUUAGUUCAUACGGCACUACCAACACGCGCGACACAGCAAUCACCGAGCCACCCGCAUACUCGAAAAAGCUCGUCGUUGUCGGCGACGGCGGCUGCGGAAAGACGUGCUUGCUCAUCAGCUACAGCUCCGGCAACUUUCCAGAGAAAUACGUGCCCACCGUCUUCGAAAACUACAUCACCCAUACACCCCAUCCGCCGUCCGGCAAGAUGGUCGAGCUGGCCUUAUGGGACACGGCUGGCCAGGAGGAGUACGACCGGUUGCGCCCUCUCUCCUACCCAGAGACAGAUGUCAUCUUCGUCUGCUUCGCAAUUGAUUGCCCAAAUUCGCUAGAAAACGUCAUGGACAAGUGGUACCCCGAGGUUCUCCACUUCUGCCCAACCACACCGCUCAUGUUGCUGGGCCUCAAAUCCGACCUGCGCAACAAGAAGAACUGCAUCGAGCUCCUCAAGACACAAGGCCUGACGCCCGUCACCUCGGACCAGGGCCGUGCCGUGGCCGAGAAAAUGGGCGCCGUCUACAUGGAAUGCAGCAGUAAAGAACAAGACGGUGUCGAGGAGAUCUUCGACAUGGCCGUCACCAUGGCCGUUGGCGACGAGCACAAAGAGCAACAAGACCGCCGCCUCGGCACCGCAAACUCAACAUCAAGAGGGAACACAACGACACCCAUCCCCGCUGGCGGCGGCAAGAAGAAGAAGCGCAGCGGCUGCACCGUCUUGUAA